AAUGACAGAGACAGAUGAAACAUCAUAUAUUCUUAGUUCUGUCACAUACGAUAGAAAAUAUAGCUGUAUAGGUGGAGAGGAGAAGAAAUGCCAACAGUCACAAAAUGCUCAACAAAGUGGGCCCAGUGGCGACGAGACAAAUCCUACAAUGUCUUAUCGAGAGGCACCAAGACAUAGAAAAUUAUUACUGGUCUCUCUGGUACUCGUAGAUUUCUUUGGAUAUGCCUCAUUUUCGAUGUUGGCACCAUUUUUUCCGGCUGAGGCCGAAAAGAAAGGGGCGUCACAGAUUGUUGUGGGAGUAAUAUUUGGGAUUUUUGAAUUAACUAUUUUCUUAGUGUCACCAAUAAUAGGAAGUUUUAUUACCAAAAUUGGAGCUAAACGUACGUAUCUGUCAGGAUGCAUGUUAGCCGGUGCUUGUUCGAUCGCUUUUGGACUCUUAGACAAAUGCCAAGGGGGGACUUUGUUCAUUGUACUAGCGUUCAUUUUUCGAGUAUUAGAGGGUAUUGGAUGUUCUAUGUUCAUUACAGCAGGAUUCGCUAUCAUAGCUAACGUGUUUCCAGACAAAGCUAUUACAGUUUUUGGUGCCUUGGAGACCUUCUGUGGCCUUGGAUUGCUGUGUGGACCCGCUGUGGGAGGCGCCUUAUAUCAGGCGGGUGGGUACCAGCUACCAUUCUUUGUCGUAGGCUGUGCUUGCAUAAUGACCGGCGUGUUUGGAUACUUUUUUCUACCAGGACAUGGUGAUGCAUCAAAGUCACAGUCAAGAUCGUUGUUUUAUUUGCUCAGGAAUCCCUACACAUGGGUCUCUGCUUUAGGUUGUGCAACAGGAAGUUUUUCUAUGGGGUUCCUUGAGCCCACCCUAGCAUUGAAACUUUCCAUAUUACCAGAGCUGAAUGGCAAGACAGGCCUUAUAGGACUAAUGUUUAUGAUUGGUGCAGGAACCUACUCGAUAUCGGCACCUUUUUGGGGGUAUAUUGUUGAUAAAAAGCAUUGUGUUCUAAGUCUAAUGUCAGUAGGAAACAUUUUGGGCACGAUUGCAUGGCUGCUGAUGGGACCCUCACCUUUCCUCAAAUUCUUGCACUAUUCAUUGGUUACUAUUUCUAUUUCGUUGUUCUUAAUGGGUAUUGGAUCAGGCGUUUCUUCUGUUCCAACAUUCAGAGGUUUACUGGAUUCUGCUAGAGAACUAGGUAUGGAGGAUAAUAUGGAUACCCAUGGUACUGUGUCCGGAUUUUUCAAUUCCACAUUUUCUCUAGGAGCAUUUCUUGGUCCAACACUUGGUGGCAUUCUCGUUUACAAAAUUGGAUUUAAUUGGGCUGCUACAUGCCUUGCAGGAUUGAAUGCGUGCACAGCAACCACUGUGAUAUUGUUUGGAAUAUGUCGGAACAGCAGAGCCUGUGGAAAACGACAGGGAUAUCAGUCACUAAAAGACGCAUCACCAACUAUCAUUUUGUGAUAUCAUAUAUACAAGGGAAUUUGUAAAAUAAAAGUUUACAAAUAUUCAAUAAAUGAUAAAAGAAUCA